CUACUCUAAUACUGUCGACUUGUCUGCAGAUAAGAUAAAUAAAAACAAGAAAUAUUGUUGUUCUUACAAUACAACGAACGCCAGCCACGGCUUUUUUGAACCAAGUUCGGCAGUUCGACGACGUACGCAGCAAAGAGAACAGCACCAUAUCGUAUCGUCACGAGCACGACGCGUCGGUCGUCAACAAUGAAAACACCCUUGCAUAAAAUACCAAAUACCAUCAGUAUACGCUAUUCCCAUUGAACAAUACUCUUUCUCUGUCUUUCGUUUUUGAUAUUCUCUGUUUCUAUCUUCACUUCAAGAGUAGCUAGCUCAUAAUCGUUCAACAAAAUACAACCCCCGAUAACAAUAAAUGCACCAGCAGAGCCAUACACAUAUAGGGGUGUGACUUAUUAAGGGUUUUCCUCUUUUAUUUCUUAUUACGAACAAAACGAACGAAAAAAAAAAUUGUAAAAGGAAGCAAAUGUUAAAUGUGUUAUCCGAUUUUUCGGUUGAUAUCGUAAUAUUCAUUCAGUAAGCUUGAUAUUGGUGCUUUCGAGGACGGCGGUCGUUUUAUUCGAAACCUUGUCUAAAAAAUCGUCGUUUUAUUUUUUUAAGACUCAGCUGUUCUGUGUUUGAGUGAAUUAGUAGGGCAUUCCAUGCUCGAUAAUGAUAGUGGAUUAUUUUUUUCGAAUCCCGGAGCCGUCGGAUCAACCACAAAACCUAAUAAGCUUUGAAGGUCAAUUGCCUCAUGUUUUGUGAAAAUAAUAUAAUCCCUUAAAAUUUAUUGUACAGCAUAGCAUUUCUAUAUAUAUCUGAUGUGUAUACAAAUACCAACAUACUCUGUUAAAGAAUUAAUUAAAUAAUACUGAGCACUUACUCAUCAAUUUAUAUAGGUGCAUUUUAAUUAUGAAUAAAAAAUAAAAUAAAUCUGUGCAGUUCAGUGAUUUUCCGGAAACGUGCCUAAAUAAAAUCACCUACUAUUUGUGAAAAAAAUGUUUCACCAGUGAUUUGAAAAGAAUUUUGCAAUGCAUCAGUUGCUUUUAAGUUAUAGUAUGCUACGUUAAUGGAAUACAAAUUCUACAUGCAUUUAGGUUUUCAGUGCAAUAGGUGUAUGCAAACAGAUUAAUAAAUUAUAGCUAUUGAACUCUAUCUUACAAAACUAAAUUAUGGAACGCAAUAAUGUUUUACAAAACAUUAACGACUCGACUGGGUUAUGCCUUCAAGAUCUAGUUGGAAGCGCAAACUCAGCGAUGAACAACAAUACGGGCAAUACGAAUUCAAGUUCGGGUAGCAAUAGCGGUAACGGUAAUUCAAACAGUAUAGGAAACCACAAUAUGCAUAAUCAUCAAAACCUACAUGAUUCAGCAUCUAGUGUAUCAGCGGCAAUUUCGGGGCUAAUGCCUUUAAGUGGAGUUAAUCUGAGUCAACUUCAACACUCUUCGCAAGAACUUGGUCAUCAUCAUCAUCACCAUCCCAUCGGUCCACCUCAUACUCCAACCAGCGUGUUACAUGAACCGUUAGAGAAAUUAAAAAUUUGGGCCGAAACAGGAGAUUUUCGUGAAACGACACAUAGUUCAAUGGCAGCUGUAGCAAAUAGCUUGGAUUCAACUCAAUUAGGAUAUCAAUCAUCAUUGUUGAGAACCAGAAGUAGAGAAAGAAAAGAAGGUAAUCGAUCAACUAUUGAUGCAACAAUAAAAACAGAAAAUUCGAGAAUAUUAAAUCAGCAUGACUCAGGCAUAUCAGUUAAAGAUGAUACCAAAAAUGACAAAAAGAACAAGAGGCAGCGGCGACAAAGAACACAUUUUACUUCACAACAACUACAGGAGUUAGAACAUACGUUUAGUAGGAAUCGUUAUCCCGAUAUGUCCACAAGGGAAGAAAUCGCAAUGUGGACAAAUUUAACAGAAGCCAGAGUGAGGGUGUGGUUCAAGAACAGACGAGCAAAAUGGCGUAAACGCGAACGAAAUGCAAUGAAUGCUGCAGUGGCCGCAGCUGAUUUUAAAAGUGGAUUUGGAACGCAGUUCAUACAGCCAUUUGCAGAUGACUCAUUGUAUUCUUCAUAUUCCCCUUAUAACAAUUGGACAAAAGUUCCUUCACCUCUUGGAACAAAACCAUUUCCAUGGCCUGUCAAUCCAUUAGGAUCAGUUGUUUCAAGUAGUCACCAUCAAAAUUCCAUGAACUGUUUUAAUGCAUCUGCAUCAAGUGUGGCUGUUAGUAUGAACACAGGUUCAAUGAUUCCAAACGGAAUGGGAUCUUCAUUAACUUCUAGUUCAGCAUCAGCAGUUGUAGGUCCGCCAUGCCACUAUACGGCACCUAGUAAUCCAUAUAUGUAUCAUCAUAGAGCAACAACGGAACCAUGUGCUGCUAUGAGCUCCAGCAUUGCUACACUCCGAUUAAAAGCCAAACAGCACGCAUCGGGAUUUUCCAGUCCGUAUUCUGUUUCGUCGACAGUUUCAAGAUCCAAUUCAACUGGUUUAUCUGCCUGCCAAUAUACGGGAAUAACGGACGUAGUCUGAGAAAACGCCCUCGGGGCAUUUUUAAAUCAACAUCAUUUGCAUCAUCACUUUCACCCCAACAACAACACUAGCAACAAUUUAAAUCUUUCCUUAUCACAAACAUCACCGCAUGGCGAUCACGACAAUGUGAUAGAAAUUAUUGCCAAUGAUACAAAUGACGAUCUCGAGACUGUUACGGACUAGUUUUUUUUUUUUUUAGUUUCAAGUUAAUACGCUAUUGAAUACAUACAUCGCAAAAUAAAAAAAGAAGAAAGGAACAAUUGCGUUUAAGGGUUUUAUUAUUUAUUAAUUAUAUUACAUUUGUUUAAGCCACAAAAAUUGCUUUUGGAUUAACCUUUCUUUCACACUGGUAUCUUUUCAGCAUUUUAAAUUUGACUAGAAAACUAUAGCGGAUAAGGGGUUAUAAUUGGGCGCCAUAUAAAAGAACAUUUGAAAUUUAAAGCGAGGUAAACAUAAUUCAUCAAUACAAUUGCUACAAACUUUAUCUUUUAUAAAUAUUAUUUGAUCAAAAAGGAAAUAAUUUAAAUGGCAAACAAAAAUUUAAGAACAUGUAAAAAAUAAUAAUAAUAUAAUUUUAAGUAUUUAAGGUUAAGAAUGUGGUUAUCCCGUUACAAAGAAAAAAAAAUUAAAAACAAAAAAAUCAAUAAAUAACUGUUUUGAUAUUAAAGCGCUACAUUUUACACAACAUUGUGACUGAAAUUCUCUUGUAAUUAUAAUUAUAUCAACAUGUGUCGGGUGCCAUCUCUUAACUACGGGCAAGUGCAAGGAAGUGUGUUUGAGUAAAAAACACUAAAAACAUUUUUUAGGCAAAUGUAUACCUAAUAUUUUGUUGAGCUAAAUAUUAAAUUUUGGUUCUUUAUUUACAUAUUAAAAAAUUAAAAUUACCUAAGAUUUUAAGGCUAAAUUAAUUCAGGUAAAUUUUCUAAGGGAUAGAUUUUUUUGUAAUUUUUUAUUUCAAACUUUUGAUUGUUUUUAUUAAAAGGUAAUUGUUUUUAAUUUAUAUUACAGUACAAAGAUUGUUCACUUUGGCUAAAUCGGAUAGAAUACCUCGGAUACCCGUAUUUGCAAUACUUUUUUGAAGGGCACAAAUGACUAUUUUUAUCCAUUAAUAACUUAAUAUUGGAACAAACUUUGUGGCUACUAUUGCAACUUAUUUUAUGGUAAAAAUCCGAAAAAAUGUUUGAACGCCAACUUAUUUUUCAAUUGUGAGACCAAGAUAAGUGAAAUACACAAAAGGAUUAAGACAAACUUAGUUAGAAUAAAAAA